GGCACGGACGCGGGCGGGGAGGGGCGCGCUGGUACACGCGGGGGCACUGGCGGCGCUCUACCACACCACACAGGCGGUGGUGCAGCAGCGCCCCACCUCAUGCUGCUCGGCGCUGGCUGCCCAGGCCUGCCUGGUGAUGCGCAGGGCCCAGCCGCAUCUCCGCCUGCCCCUCACCUCGCUCCACUGCCCCCUCGACUACCCCCUGCCCCCGCUGGGGUCCCCACAGGGGUCCACGGAACCCCCGUGGGGGUCCGCACAGCAGCAGCAGCAGCGGGACGGGGCGCACGCUGUCUACGUAGACUCGAGUGACUCGGAGUCGGAUGGAGAGGACCAGAGGGACGCUCCCCACCACGACGAGGAGGAGGGAGGGGGGGGGAGCAGAGGAGGGCGUGACGCUGGGAGGCAUUCCCCCGAGAAGCCAUCGCUACCCCGACCUCAACGUUUACGCCCGGUUCUGUCCAGACCUCACCCACGACUUUGUGGAGUACGUGAGGGAUGCUGCUGAUGAUGAUGGGGGUCCUGAUGAUGAUGAUGCUGGUGGGGUUGGAGAGGAAUUGAAGCCAGAGACCAGUGCCUCCAGUGGCGACGCAGCGGCGGGGGGCCCCGCUCCAUGGCCUCCCACCUCUGAGUGGGCCGUGGGGCCGGAGGCGGCGUGCCGCCACGCCCGGGCCGCCCGCCUCACCCGCGGCGUUGCCUCGCCAGCGCCGGGGCACCGCGGGGCCACGGCCCCCACCGCCUUCCCGGACGCCCACGGCCACUCGCCAGCACCGGCACCCACACGGCAGCUACCCCGGCGGGAACACGUCCAGAGAGACUACGUACUUGAAGACAUCGCUCGGAUCGUUCAUCCGGAUACACUCCUCAACCGAGUGGUGUUUGACAUCGAGAGUACAACCCCCCCCUCUGCGCAGGAGGCUGUGGGGACAGGGACCCCCCCCCUGACUUUCUACUCAGCCUUCGAGAGUGGGAACCUCCGUAAGGCCAUUCAGGUCCGCAGCUACGAGUACGACCUGCUGCUGAACUCGGAUCCCAACUCGGACCGUCACCACCAGUGGUUCUACUUCGAGGUGGGGAACGUCGAGGCUGGCACGGCCUACCGGCUAAACAUCAUCAACUGUGAAAAGUCUAGCAGCCAGUUCAACCACGGCAUGCAGCCUGUACUCUACUCAGUACGCGAGGCUCUGGAGGGGAGGCCGUACUGGGUCCGUGCUGGAACCGACGUUUGCUACUACAAGAACAGCUACAGGCGACCCAGUCGAGUGACGGGAGGGGUGAGGGGUAAAUCCUACUACUCACUCGUGCUCACCCUCACCUUCCCACACAGUGGGGACGUCUGCUACCUCGCUCACCACUACCCCUACACCUACACCUCACUCAUGGUGGACCUGGAGUCGAUGCUGUCUGCGUGCGACCGAAGCUCGGUGUUCGUGCAGAGAGACAUGCUGUGUCUAACCGCAGGGGGCAACAGCUGUCCCAUCCUCACCAUCACCGCAGCGCCAACCUCACAGAGAGACCUCCAGUCUCUGAGGCGCCGCCCGUGCGUGCUGCUCUCUGCCCGUGUCCACCCCGGGGAGUCCAACAGCAGCUGGGUGAUGCGCGGCUCUCUGGGCUUCCUGCUGGGCCCCAGCGUGGAGGCCCGGGCCCUGCGCCUCGCCUACGUCUUCCGCGUGCUGCCCAUGCUCAACCCGGACGGCGUGGCCAGCGGAGCGCACCGCUGCGCUCUGAGCGGCGAGGAUCUGAACCGCCAGUGGAGGUCUCCCUGCCCAGAGCGGGCGCCCACCGUGUACCACAGCAAGGGCCUGCUGCUCUACCUCGCCAGCGUGGGACACACACCCGCGGUGUUCUGCGACUACCACGGCCACUCGAGCAAGAAGAACGUCUUCCUGUACGGCUGCAGCCUGCGGGAGACGUUGUGGUACUCGGAGCUGGGCGCCAACUGUGUCAGCGAGGACUCGAGCUACAGGACGCUGGCGCGCCUGCUGGCGACGAGCGCUCCGAUGUUCUCGGAGCGCUCGUCGCGUUUCCUGGUGGAGCGGUCGCGCGACGCCACAGCCCGCGUGGUGGCCUGGAGGGAGCUGGGAGUGCGGCGCUCCUACACCAUGGAGACCACCUACUGUGGGUGUGACCACGGUCCCUACAAGGGUCUCCAGCUGGGUCUGCGUGAGCUGCAGGAGAUGGGGGAGUGUUUCUGCAUUGCUCUCCUCCGCCUUCGUCCGCGCCUGGGACACGGCGGGGACAACGCGUGGACACCGGGAGACAGCGCCCUCCGCGCUGUGGUGGGGGUGGACGAGGAGGUGGAGGAGGAAGAGGAAGAGGCGCCGUGCGACGAGGAGCCGGACUACAGCGCCUGCAGCGACUCCUCCGGGCCCGACGACUUCCUGGACGACCUCCUGCUGAGCGACCCCGAGCCCGACUUUGACCCCGCCACGACCCCGCACCACGACCCCUCGGAGGUCGCGGCGCUGGCCAUACGGCCGGGGGUCGUGACCUACGACUCCGGUGACCUCUGAGCCGUGGCGGGGGGAGGUCGUGACGUUCGAGGUCUCCAGCGCUUCGCUCGUUCCGCACCCUGUGACGUCGCUCUCACGAGGGGCGGGCGGGCGGCUGAGCGAGUG